UUGCUUCCGUGUCCGGGAGUACUGGAACAGCACAAGCCGGUGAUUCUCCAUUUCUGUGGCUGUUAAAGCUGUUACUGUUCUGUCCAGGAUGAUGUCGGUUUAAAGCCCGGUUCUGUUCCGCUUUGCCGCUGGUGGACCGGUUUCUGAGGUGCCGGAAGCAGUGAGAGGCGGCGGUGUGGCAGUCUGAAAGGCCUGGCUCUGAAACAGCUUCUUUGAUGCCCAGUGAACAGAAAUGGAGCUUUGAGUGCAUAACCCACAUGAACGGGCGACAGAGGAAGUCCGCAGCGAUGACUGCGGACAUGACUGACCGAAAAAUGGUGGACGAGGAAGAACCGUUCGUCCAGGACUCGGACAGCGAGGACGGACGUCCUGAUCCGAGCAGCGGGAUCCGAGGAGAGCUGGGCAGUGUGUCUCUGCUCCUGUUUCUCUACGUCCUGCAGGGGAUUCCUUUAGGACUGGCUGGCAGCAUUCCUCUCAUCAUGCAAAGUAAAAAUGUUAGCUAUAAAGACCAGGCCUACUUCAGCUUCGUCUUCUGGCCUUUCAGUCUGAAGCUGCUCUGGGCUCCGCUGGUCGACUCGGUCUACGUGAAGCGCUUUGGACGCAGGAAGUCGUGGCUCAUUCCCACUCAGUACCUGCUCGGGCUCUUCAUGCUGGGACUGUCGUUCACUGUGGAUUCUCUCCUGCAGACGAGCGGCCCAGGAGGCCCAAGCGUGAUCAGCCUCACUGUCGUGUUCUUCAUACUGGCUUUUCUGGCAGCCACGCAGGACAUCGCGGUUGAUGGCUGGGCCCUCACCAUGCUGUCCAGGGAGAACGUGGGAUACGCUUCCACUUGUAACUCUGUAGGCCAGACAGCUGGGUACUUCCUGGGGAACGUCCUGUUUCUGGCUCUGGAGUCGGCCGAUUUCUGCAACAAGUACCUGAGGUUUGAGCCACAGGAUCAGGGCAUCGUCACGCUGUCAGACUUCCUGUUUUUCUGGGGGGUUGUGUUUGUGGUGUCCACCACCCUGGUGGCCUUACUGAAGUCGGAGAACAGCAGACAACAGCGCUCCAGGCAGAGGCCCAAAGAGGAGAUACAGGGUGUAAAGGAGACGUACAAGCUGCUCUUCUCCAUCAUCAAGCUGCCUGCCGUCUUCACUUUCUGCUGCCUGCUGCUCACAUCAAAGAUGGGGUUUUCAGCAGCAGACGCAGUGACUGGGCUGAAGCUGGUAGAAGCUGGAGUACCGAAAGCUGAGCUGGCUCUCCUGGCUGUUCCCAUGGUUCCUCUGCAGAUCCUGCUGCCGCUCAUCAUCAGUAAAUACACAGCCGGGCCUCGACCGCUCGACAUCUUUUACAAAGCCUUUCCUUUCAGGUUGCUGCUUGGUCUGGAGUACGCGCUGCUCGUGUGGUGGACCCCGAGCGUCAAGCAAGAGGAUGGGUUUCCUGUGUAUUAUUACGCUGUGGUGCUGCUCAGCUACGCUGUACAUCAGGUGGCGCUGUAUAGCAUGUUUGUGGCCUGCAUGGCGUUCCAUGCGAAAGUGAGCGAUCCGGUGAUCGGAGGAACGUACAUGACCCUGCUGAACACGGUGACGAAUCUGGGGGGGAACUGGCCGUCUACGCUGGCACUGUGGCUGGUCGACCCGCUCACGUCCAAGCGGUGCCAGGGGGCUGAGGGGCAGACGUGCGGCUCGGCGGAAGAGGCUGGGCUGUGUGUUACAGAAGGCGGCGUGUGUGUGACGGCUCUGGACGGUUACUACGUGGAGUCGUUCGUGUGCGUGCUGAUUGGUCUGACCUGGUGGAUUUUCUUCGGCAAGAAAAUGAAGCGGUUACAGGAAGAGAGUCCGUCAGCUUGGAAGUGCAGGAUGCUCAAAUAACUCCUCUCUCUCUCUCUCUCUCUCUCUCUCUCUCUCAACAGAGCGGACCAAUAGGAGAGCAGUCUGAGGGAUCUCUUUAAACGCUGAAUUUUACUUGUGAAUGUUAGAAGAUUUUAAAGAAAGGCUUGUCCUCCCAGUGAGGAUAUUCACGCUACAGAAAUUACUGAGCGGAUUUUCAGACUUCUGUUCGAGCUGCUUGUGAACCGAAGGGGGGGAAAAGAUUUUUUUUUUUCCGUGUGGAUUAAAUCAGCACAAUUUUCUGUACUCUGAUCUCCACUGUAGUCACUCGCUCUGCUUCUCCACAUAACCCACCGGGUUCAUAAGGCACAAAGUGCUCGCUCUUAAAUCUCCUGGAUGUACGCUUCACUCAUCCGUUCACAUUUUUGUGCCUUGUUUUUUUUUUUUUUUUAAAUUGCUUUUCUUUGUAUUGAAAAUGAAAGCUUCACUUGUAAUUCCUACUAUACUGUAGAUACGAUACAGAAUAAUCCGAAUUUUUUCAUGUCUGUCUGUUACCCGAAAUUUAAACAAAUGCCUUGAUAUCAUCAAGAUAGUAUUUAUUGGACACCAGCAUCACAACACUGCAAUAAAGUGUUUUAAUAACAGGACUGAGAUUAUUCCGAACAUCUGGAUUUUGAAUUUUUUUUUUUUUUCUUUGACAUAAUGAUUUGUUCAGAUGGAAGCUAAUUAUUUGGCCCUCUAAUUUGUACGUCUUUUAAAAAAAUUUUUUUUUUCUUUAUAUAGUUAUUAUAAUGCUUAUAUUAUAGUAUUAAUUAUAAAGUGUUACCGCAUUGCACUUUAUUCUAAAAUAUAUAUAAUGUCAUUUUUAAUUUUACAGCAAAAAUUAUCAUAUACUAAUUAACUUCUUCCUAAUUAAGACAACUUUGUGUUUAAUAAUGAAAGCUAGUGAUCUCAUUAACUGACGUUUCGAAGUCACUGACAUCAGAGUAAAAUAAAGUGUUUAAGAGUCAGUUCGGUAUUUUAUAAAGUUUUUUUUUUUUUUUUUUUAAAAAGAGUGCAUCAAUUUAAAAACUUUUGCAUGUCCAGAAUCAGAUUGGAUGUUUAAUUUUUUGCUUGGAUGAGCAACAUCAUACAAAUCAAACAGUCCAGCUUCCCUGUGUAUUAUAAAAACUUAAACUGAAUCAUAAUCAGCUUAAAGCUAGACGGCCUUUCGAUUUCAUAAAAUCGGUGAAAUUUUUAGUUCCAUCUGAAAUGUGAUCAUUGUGAUAUGUUUAUUUCUGUAAUAUAUCACAAAAUAUCAGGCCAUUCUGUGGCUGGGAAGUUAUUUAAUUUGAGCGGAUUAAAGCAAAUGUGCAUGAAAUCGCUCGCUUCGAGCAGACAGGAAGUCCACGUGUGUGUGCGUGCGCACGCAUGCGCAGGUUUCCCUUUGAGCGUGCACUGACUGUUCCAUCAUUCUGUCGCUAAACGAACAGCUGAUCACACCGAGGUGCUCGCUGAGCGCCGAUGAUUAUUUAUUAGUUUGGUCCUGCGUUUCCUUUCCUUCGUAUAUAACAUAACGUCUUUUCUUCUCGCUUUCUUUCCGUUACUGUAGUCGGUCUUUCACGUUUCACAUUUCGCACGCUCACGUCCUCCGUUUUUCUCUCCUGUUUCAAAUUUGUAUCCCACAAUGCCUUGCGCGAACGGGGAAAGCCCAGCACGUGAUGUGAUGCAUGAUGUAGUAUCUUGUAUUGCGUCAUGGUGAAGCAGGAAAAAAUAGCGGAGAAUUUAGGGCCGCGUGGAGAUAUAAAUUCAUUAAUUGUUCUAUUUUAAAAAAAUUUAUAAAAUUGGAAGUCUGUGAUUCGAAUUCAGUAGCUUUCAGUCCACUAAACAAAAAUAACUAGGUGUCUGGAAAAUUCUUUUUAUGAACUACACUUGAAAAAUCUGAAAGGCGGUCUAGUUUUAAUACGCUGUUUAUUUUACUCUAAUGAUGGCAGUGAUAUUUGAAAUGGCAGUUCAUGAUAUCGUGAGCUUUUAUUAUUAACUUCAUUUCGGUUAUUAUUCACUCAGCCUGAGGUGGAUAAUUGUUUAGUAUAAAUACACAGGUGAUUUAUUUAAUUAAAUAAAAUAAUGUUCAAACUUCAAGAGAGAUACGUAAAUGUAAUUAAGUCGCACACAGACUUGUCAGUUAUCUACGGCGAGUCACGGAAUAAAUCACAAUUCCACCUUACCUUUGAAUAGUUUUAGACCAAACUUCGGAACAUCUUUCCUGCUUUUAGUUUAGGAACAGCGUUUUCUUUCAUCAUUUGUGAUUCUUCCUCACUUACGGUGAUGAAGCGGUCGGUAGCCAUUUUGCCGAGUCACUCGAGGUGAUUAUCGAGAGUCUGAAUUUCUCACCCAAUCAGCGUGCACGACUUUUUCUAUAAUCACCUCCAUAUUUACACUAAAACUAUAUAUUAUCUAGAAAUUAAAUAAACAAGCACAGAAACAUCUCUGCUUUUUAACAAUUUGCUUUUCAUUAAAUAAAACUUUACAAAAUAUGUUAACUUUGAUGAAGCUGAAUUUAAAAAAAAAAAAAAAAAGGUCAUUUCCUACGAUCCAAAUCAAAUCCUGCAAAUUUCUUGGUUUGUUAUUAGUCGUAUAUCGUGACGGCGCAAGACCACGAAAACUCGGAUAUGACUUGAGUGACUGGAGCCUGCUCCAGGUUUUAUCUCAUCCCAGUUAUUUCUUCAUCAGAAGGUUAAAGGUCAUUUUGAAAGCAUCUUCAACUGAGUUCAACAGACCUGUCUGUCUGUCUGUCUGCGGUUGAACCGUCUCUGUGAUGUUCUUUGUUUUAUAAGAUGUAGUUUAAUGAUGAAAUUUGUUCUGAAAACAGAGUACUGCUUCACUGAUGUCAUUUGUGUCACCAGCACUUCGAGGAAUCACCAAUGUAAUCGUGUCAUGCUGAAUAUUCGACUUCACACUAAACUUUAUCAUUUUAAUUAUACUUUUUUUUUUUUGCGCUGUGCGUGAGCACGAGUUGUUUUUGCAGGAGCGCUGCAGUUACAGUGUGACUGAUGAAAGCUGUAAAAUAUUUUAAAAUGAACGCAAUUCUGAUGAACGGAAUUUUUUUUUUUUUUAGCUGCAUUCCCAAAGUGUCGAAAUGUCCAAGAACAGAUGUCUGAUGCAUAUCUUGUGAUCUUGUAUGUAAUUAAAACAGAUUUAUUCAA